AUGACUACUGAAGUUAUGGAUUUACCUCCAGAAUAUGUCUCUCCUGCUAACGAUUUACGUUCAGACACUUUCACCACUCCAACCCCAGAAAUGAUCAAAUACGCUCUUUCUGCCUCCUGUGGUGACGCUGUCUAUGGUGAAGAUAUCGAUACCGCAAGAUUAGAAAAAACUGUCGCUAAAUUGGCCGGUAAAGAAUCUGGUCUAUUCUGUGUUUCAGGUACUCUUUCAAAUCAAAUUGCUUUAAGAUGUCACCUAUUCCAGCCUCCUUACACCAUCCUUUGUGACUACAGAGCUCAUGUCUACACUCAUGAGGCUGCCGGUCUAGCUAUCUUAUCUCAAGCUAUGGUUGUCCCUGUUAUUCCUUCAAACGGUAACUACAUGACUUUAGAAGAUAUCAAAUCUCACUACAUCCCAGAUGAUGGUGAUAUUCACGGUGCCCCAACUAAAGUCAUCUCUUUGGAGAACACUCUACACGGUAUCGUCUACCCAUUAAAGGAAUUAAUCAGAAUUAAAGGUUGGUGUUUAGAAAAUGGUAUCAAAUUACAUUGUGAUGGUGCCAGAAUCUGGAAUGCUGCCAUCGCUGCCGAUGUUCCACUAAAACAAUACGGUGAAAUUUUCGAUUCCAUCUCCAUCUGUCUUUCUAAAUCUAUUGGUGCUCCAAUGGGUUCUGUCUUAGUCGGUGAUUUGAAAUUCAUUAAAAGAUGUAACCAUAUUAGAAAACAACAAGGUGGUGGUAUUAGGCAAUCUGGUAUCAUGGCGAAGAUGGCUCUUUACAACAUCAACACUGACUGGAAGGCAAGAUUGGCUUACUCUCACCGUCUAGCUGCUAAUUUAGCUGCUUUCUGUAAAGCAAAUGGUAUCCCAUUGGAAUCUCCAGCUGACACCAAUUUCGUCUUCAUCGAUUUAAGAAAAGCUAUGAUGGACCCAGAUGUCCUUGUCAAGAAAGGUCUUAAAUAUAACGUCAAGUUAAUGGGUGGUAGAGUCUCUUUCCACUACCAAGUCUCCGAGGAAACUUUAGAAAAAGUUAAGUUGGCUAUCCUAGAAACUUUCCAAUACGCUAAAGAACAUCCUUUCGAUCAAAAUGGUCCAACUCAGAUUUACCGUAGUGAAUCUACCGAAAUUGACAUUCAUGGUAAUGCAAUUCAAGAAAUUAAAACUUACAAAUACUAA